AUGGCCACGGAAGAGAACAAGGUUGCUCUUACCGAGGAGAAAAUCGAGGCCAUCAACGACACCGCAGGAAAUCACAUCGACCCUGUCGCAGAAAAGAAACUGCUUCGAAAACUCGAUAUCCGCGUCCUACCACCCCUCUUUGUGCUCUUCCUCCUAGCUUUCCUUGACAGGUCCAACAUCGGAAAUGCGAAAAUCCAAGGUCUGACGACCGAUCUCAAAAUGGUGGGGUCAGAUUAUAACAUUGCACUCUUCGUCUUCUUUAUCCCCUACAUCCUUUUUGAGGUUCCCAGCAACUUGAUCUUGAAGAAAAUGGCUCCGUCAACCUGGCUGAGCUCCAUCAUGGUGCUGUGGGGAAUCUGCACCCUGGGACAAGGCUUGGUCAGGAACUUUGGAAGCCUGGUAGCACUUCGUGUGCUUAUAGGUCUCUUCGAAGCUGGACUGUUUCCUGGAUGCAUGUACCUCAUCUCCAUGUACUACAAGCGCUACGAGCUUCAAUGGCGCUUCACUCUUUUCUUCACUGCCAGUAUCAUAGCUGGAGGCUUCGGUGGCCUCUUCGCCUUCGCUCUGGCCAAAAUGAAUGGUAUCGGCGGCUAUGCAGGUUGGAGGUGGAUUUUUCUAAUUGAAGGAAUCUUGACCAUUGUGCUGGGCGUCAUCUCGAAAUUCUGGGUUCCAGACUGGCCCGAAACCGCGAAGUUUCUUAGCGAGGAUGAACGCGCCCUUCUUAUCGCCCGUCUCUCAGCCGACACUGGUCCGGCCACCAUGAACCACCUCGAUAAACGCGCAACACGCCGCAUCUUCUCCGACGUCAAGAUAUACCUCGGCACAAUCAUGUAUUUUGGCAUCGUAAACACGGGCUAUGCGGGCUCUUUCUUUAUCCCGACCAUCAUCAAAGAGCUGGGCUAUACAUCUUCUGCCGCACAAGUGCGAUCCAUACCCAUUUUCGUUGUUGCUACGGUCACAGCAGUUGUCGCUUCGUGGAUGUCGGACCGUUUCCGGCAUAGGUUCUGGUUCUGCAUAGGCGGCCUCGUGGUUGCAUCCGUGGGAUACAUCCUGCUGCUGUGUGGAGCUACGUUGGGUGCAGGCGUGAAAUACUUUGCGCUUUUCCUUAUUGUCCCGGGAGGUUAUAUUACACAGCCCAUCGUUUUGGUCUGGGUGGCGAAUUUGAUGUCCGGGCACUACAAGCGGUCCGUUUCGUCUGCUGUUCAAGUGGGACUCGGUAAUAUCGGUGGAAUCGUCGCGUCGAAUGUAUUCUUUGAAAGCGAGGCAAAAAACGCGAGAUACCCGACAGGUUACGGAGUCAGUCUUGGAAUGCUGUGGAUCUGUGGGGCGGCAAGCAUGGUACUUUUCUUCUAUGUCAAGAAAGAGAAUAAGAAGAGGACGAGGGGCGAGAGGGAUCACAGGUUGGAAGGGGACGACUGUGAGAAUCUGGGAGACGACCACCCGCACUUCAAGUUCACGACAUAG